AUGGUCGAAAUCAACGUCAACGGAAAAGUAGCCGUCGUUACUGGUGGUUCGAGAGGCUUGGGUCUACAAUGUGCAGAGAUACUCAUAGCAAACGGUGCUUCCAAGGUAUUUGUUUCCUCGAGAGGUGCCGCAGCAUGCGAAGAAGCAGCGAAAAGUCUUAAUGAGCUCGCCAAAGCAGAGGGACAGAAAGGUGUUGCUUACGGAAUUGCAGCCGAUGUUUCUGGGGAAAAAGGUGCUAGACAUCUACUAGCUGAGGUCAGCAAGCUCACCGACAAGGUGGACAUUCUGAUCGCCAAUGCAGGCGCAAGUUGGGGAGCUCCUUUUGAAAAACACCCUGAGGCAGCCCUCCACAAAGUCCUGAAUCUCAAUGUGAUUGGUGUAUUUUUAUGCAUCCAAGCGUUUGCACCGCUAUUGGAGCAUUCUGGCUCCGACGAAGACCCAUCGAGGGUUUUGAUUAUGGCAUCUGUUGCGGGUUUGAACACAAACUUCCCGGGAGGUGCCUAUGGAUAUUUGUCAUCCAAGGCUGCAGUUAUUCAUCUUGGUAAGGUUCUUGCGACCGAACUCGGCCCGAAGAACAUAACGGUGAACAGUCUAGCUCCAGGCUUCUUCCCAUCCAAAAUGUCCGGUGGUCUUUUGAAAAGUAUAGGCGAGUCGAUGGUUGCUGCCAACCCACGAAAGAGAUUAGGUGAGAAACAGGACAUCCAGAACUUGACUCUGUUCCUUUGCUCAAAACAGGCAAGUUAUAUCAACGGUGCUGUUAUACCGCUUGACGGAGGGGCUCAUCUUGCGGCUUCCAAGUUGUAG